AUGGCGAGCAGCACCUACGGGCGCCUGUGGCGGGAGACGCGCGUGACGCUGGAGGAGCUCCUGUCCACGGAGCUGCCCCCGGAGCCUCCCCGCCCGGAGCGGAACCGCGCGGCCUUCGGGCACGGGCUGGGGGUGCUCUUCGUGCGCUACGUGGCGGCGGCUCGGCGGCUGGAGGCCUGCUACGACCAGGGCGUCCACCCGCAGAAGCGCCCCGUCCUCCGCAUGCUGCUCGACGCCGUCCUCGGCCGCCUCCUCGAGCUCAAGCAGCAGAUGGUCGAGCUCGACCUCUCCGAGACCCACUGCCUCGACCACGCGCUCCACGAGCUCAAGCUCACCCCGGCGGACCUGGAAGUGCCCAUCCCGCGGUACUUCCUCAGUGAGCACGCCAAGGUGCUGCUGGAGCGUCAGGAGGUGCUGGCGGGGCUCCUGACCCGCGUGGGACCCGAAAAGGCCCUCACCCCCCCCCGUCCUGGGAUGCCUCGCGACGAGGCGGUGCGCCUGAUCCAGAUGGCGGAGCGCAUGCGCCAGGGCCGCCUGAGGGCUCGCUUCAUGGCGGAGAUCCGUCGCGACGAGGAGCGUGAGAGGCGGGCGCGCGAGGCUGGACUUGUGGAGCCUGACCGGAACGCCGCCGCCACCGUCAUCCAGAAGAUCUGGAAGGGCUGCAUCCUGCGCCGGCUGACCCGCACCGCACGGCAGGUGGAGAUGGCCUUCAUCGGAAUGGAGCUGGAGUCGCAGCUGAUGGGCCCCACGCCGACCAUGAUCCGGGCGCAGCUGGGCGAGGAGCUGCGGCGCAUGCGCCAGGCCGACUAUGAGGCCGAGUACCAGGAGGCCCUGGACCACGUCCGCGACUCCAUCUUCGAGGCCGAGGGGCCGUGCAUGCGCGAGGAGCUCAAGGAGCAGCUCCGGCAGUGGUUCAUCGAGUGCCAUGACCUGACCGGGCGCUUCCCGGAUUAUCCGGAGGAAGGUCUUGGGGGCUGCACUGCCCUCUUCUCUGAUAAGACCCCCGAAGAGGUGAGGGCCGACCUGGACCUGGCGGAAAUCCUGGCGGAGAAGAAGAAGAAAGAGAAGGAGAAGAAAAAGGAGGAUAAAGGCAAGGAGAAGAAGGAGGGCAAGGAGAAAAAGGAGAAGGAGAAGAAGGGCAAGAAGGCGGAGGAGGAGGAGGUCCUGACGCUCUGCCCCUCCAAGUUCGUGGGCACCAUCAACCAGGGCUUCCUGCGCUACACCGAAUGCUGGACCGACCACGACGAGGUGGAGAACUUCGAGCAGCGCUUCCAGGAGGAGCUCAUCAAGGUGGAGAAGCGGCACGAAGUGGAGACCGAGAUCCGGCUGCAGGUGGACGAGCUGAUGCGGGAGGAGCUGCAGAACCUGCGCCGCGCGUUGGGCCAGGAGGAGCCCCGCCCCGGCAAGCCCCGCAAAGGGAAGAAGGGCGGCAAGAAAAAGGGGAAGCGGGGCAAGAAGGAGAAGGACCUGACCCCGGACAGGACCGUGGACUCUCUCUACGAGGAGCUGGUCCUCCAGGGCAUCAUCAAGAGGCCACCCAAGGUGCAGCUGGCCGACUACACAGGUGACUUCAACUACCUGGGCUCCAUCCUCCGGCAGCAGCAGAUCGAGCCCGUCCCCUCCGCCCACGACGUCCGGCAGAACGUGGCCCUCUACGCCGUGCUGCGCCUCGGCUCGGCGGCGGUGCAUGAGUCUGCGCCGCUGGUGCGCUCGGUGCUGCUGGUGGGUCCCGCGGGGACCGGGAAGCGGAUGCUGGUCCACGCCGCGUGUACCGAGACCGGCGCCAACCUCUUCGACCUCUCGGCCGCGAACCUGGUGGGGAAGUACCCGGGGAAGGCGGGCCUGCAGAUGCUGCUGCACCUGGUGCUCAAGGUGGGGCGCCUCUUGCAGCCCUCGGUCAUCUGGGUGGGCGACGCCGAGAAGACCUUCUACAAGAAGGUGCCCCGAGAAGAGAAGGAGCUGGACCCCCGCCGCCUGAAGAAGGACCUCCCCCGCGCCCUCCGCCUCCUCAAGCCCGGCGACCGCGUCCUGCUCGUGGGCACCUCCUCGCGGCCCUACCUGGCCGACCCCAAGGGCCUCUGCCGCACCUACGAGCGCAUCCUCCUCGUCCCCCGCCCCGACUACGCCUCCAGAUUCGUGACGUGGCGGCGCCUGAUCGAGCGCCAGGGGGGCUCGGUGUCGCGGCGGCUGGACGUGAGCGCGCUGGCCAAGGUGUCGGAGGGCUACAGCCAGGGCGCGAUGGCGGCGGCGGUGUCGGCCGUGCUGAGCGAGCGGAGGCUGCUCCAGCUGCCCAAGAGGCCCCUCCUCGCCGCGGAGCUGCUCCAGGCCCUCGCCCGCGCCGACCCCGUCUUCCCCGAGGAGGAGAGCCUCCUGCAGGAGUGGUACAGCAAGACCCCGCUGGGGAAGAGGAAGAAGCGCGUGGAGGAGGAGCGGCUCCGGGCGGCGGAGAUCCAGGACAAGAAGAACAAGAAGGACAAGGCCAAGAAGUAGCCCCCCCGCAGCAGGACCCUGGCGGGGGGGGGGGGGGGCGUCGCUCUCGGGGAGCCUCUCGCGCAAUCAAAGCGCCCUUCGUUUGAACCCGAGUCCUGUGCCCUUUGUGC